GCUGAAAAACUUGUUGUUGUCGGGGAAAAUGGCGUCAAACGUAGAGGCCCCGGAGCGCUGGUACCUCGCCCUACUCGGUUUUGCGGAGCAUUUCCGAACCUCCAGUCCGCCCAAAAUCCGGCUCUGUGUGCACUGUCUACAGGCCGUGUUUCAGUUUAAGCCUCCGCAGAGGAUUGAGGCCCGGACACAUCUUCAGCUGGGCUCGGUCCUCUACCACCACACCAAGAACAGCGAGCUGGCCCGCAGCCACCUAGAGAAAGCGUGGUUUAUAUCGCAACAAGUCCCGCAGUUUGAAGAUGUCAAAUUUGAAGCUGCCAGCAUUUUGUCAGAGCUCUUCUGCCAACAGAAUUUGGUGGACUCUGCAAAACCCCUACUGCGCAAGGCCAUCCAGAUUUCACAGCAAACACCAUACUGGCACUGCAGAUUGUUGUUCCAGUUGGCGCAACUUCAUACACUGGAGAAAGACUUGGUGUCAGCGUGUGACCUCCUUGGGGUUGGAGCCGAGUAUGCCCGAGUCGUGGGCUCAGAAUAUACCAGGGCAUUGUUUCUCCUUAGUAAAGGAAUGUUGCUGCUAAUGGAGAGGAAGCUCGGGGAGGUGCAUCCUCUGCUCACACUGUGCGGAACUAUUGUAGAAAACUGGCAGGGAAACCCGAUCCAGAAGGAGUCCCUCAGGGUCUUUUUCCUGGUCCUACAGGUCACACACUACCUGGAUGCUGGACAGGUCAAGAGUGUGAAACCGUGUCUGAAGCAGCUGCAGCAGUGUAUCCAGACCAUCUCUACACUCCACGAUGAUGAGAUUCUGCCCAGCAACCCAGCUGACCUCUUCCACUGGCUGCCCAAGGAGCACAUGUGUGUCCUCGUCUAUUUGGUGACAGUCAUGCACUCCAUGCAAGCUGGUUAUCUGGAGAAAGCCCAGAAGUACACAGACAAGGCUCUUAUGCAACUAGAGAAACUAAAAAUGUUGGACUGCAGCCCUAUCCUCUCUACCUUUCAAGUCAUUCUACUGGAGCACAUCAUCAUGUGUCGCCUCGUCACGGGCCACAAGGCCACUGCAUUACAAGAGAUCUCACAGGUGUGUCAGCUGUGCCAACAGUCUCCCAGGUUAUUCACCAACCAUGCUGCUCAGCUUCACACGCUUUUAGGUCUGUACUGUAUCUCAGUGAACUGUAUGGAUAAUGCAGAGGCACAGUUCACUACAGCCUUGCGGCUCACCACACACCAGGAACUGUGGACGUACAUCGUAACCAACUUGGCCAGUGUCUACAUAAGGGAAGGAAACCGACACCAGGAGCUGUACAGCCUCCUAGAGAGGAUAAAUCCAGACCACAAUUUCCCAGUAAGCUCCCAUUGCCUCCGUGCUGCAGCCUUCUACAUCAGGGGACUCUUGUCCUUCUUUCAAGGACGCUACAAUGAGGCCAAACGUUUCCUGAGGGAAACCCUGAAGAUGUCUAAUGCCGAGGAUCUGAACAGACUGACUGCCUGCUCUCUGGUUCUGCUGGGGCACAUCUUCUACGUACUGGGCAACCACAGAGAAAGCAACAACAUGGUUGUACCUGCCAUGCAGCUGGCCAGCAAGAUCCCUGACAUGUCUGUUCAGCUCUGGUCUUCAGCGCUGUUGAAAGACUUGAACAAGGCCCUUGGAAACACUAUGGAUGCCCAUGAAGCAGCUCAAAUGCACCAGAACUUCUCCCAGCAGCUGCUGCAGGACCACAUCGCUGCCUGCAGCCUGCCUGAGCAUAACCUCAUCAGUUGGACUGAUGGCCCUCCUCCUGUCCAGAUCCAAGCCCAGAACGGUCCCACCACCAGCCUUGCAAGCCUGCUAUGAGGAACUCACUGUCUCGCAUAUUGCAGUAGCUGGUAUAUUAUCACAAGCAACAGACUGAUUCCUAACAACCUGCUAUUAGGCCACUGUAGCUGAGGUUUGAGAGGAUUUAAAAAAACAAACAAAAAAAACCUUGAGCCUUCAUUUUAUUAGCUUCUCAAGAUUGCUUCCUGGUUGUCUGCUCUCACAGUUUUGAUUGUUGUAAAACAAUUACAGCUACUGUUGUACAUGUAUUUCAUCUUCUCUGAUGGCACGGAUGCUUACAGGGCAUAAGGGCAGGGUUGGACUCUUGGUUAAAGCAGGACAUGGACAUGUAGCAACAUGUAAAAGGGCUUCUUUGCCUUUGAAACAGAGAAUCCUUCUCUACAUUUGACAGGUUUCUUUUCCAUUUGUUGGAAAAACAAGGGGGUAGAUAGAUGGGCAGUAAAGAAUUGUAGAAGAAAUUAAUUUAUUCAUGUUGAUAUUUUUGUAACUGUUGGUAAAUAUUUUACACCUUGCCUUUUUUUUUUUUGUAUGGAUGCUGUUUUUCUUUUCAUGCAUGGACGUUACUGAUGUGAACUCCCUGUACAAUAGUUUCUGACCUGGGUUGACAACAAUAAGUUCUUGGUAGAUCAUUUUUGCACAAAAUCCAUAUUAGAAAAAAAUAGAGACCUCUUGUAAUAUAUUUUCACAGAAUACUCACGUGAUCAGUAGGCAGUGUGCAUUGGUUUUGGACAGUGCACAGUCAACUGUGCAGUUCUUCUUUGGACCAGAAGAUGCCUCUGUUGGGUCUGUUAAUGAGCAAUGUUUAAUUACUUCUGGAUUUUUAUAUAAUUUGGUGGCUAUGAUGGUUCACACGUACCCUCAAAAAACACACACAUUUAACUGAUGUAUUUUUGAAGUUCCAUAAUAUAUGAAUCCCUGUUGAUGUAUUAAUUUUUACAAAUCAUGUUUAGACUUUUGGAGCUUACAAUAAUCUUCAGAUAUUCAAAAAGUGAAUUUAUUUUAUUUUGUUAUAUUUUAAUUUGUCUUGAUAGAUCAACUAAAUAGUUUCUUUACAGUAUGUUUGUAUAGAUUUGCCACUUGUUGAACCUUUAUUGUACAGUGACUUUUUAUAAAGUCAGUUUAGUAAAGUGUGAUAUGUAUUUUUAGCUAUCCUAUGUAGAAAUCUCUGCUUGGUAUUUAAGGCACUCUGUAAGGACAGUUUAAGCUUAAGUACUAGCCACAUUCUAUCCAAUGCCUACAUUUUUAAUGCUUAUGUUGUUUUCAAUAAUUUUCCAAUAAAAAUAUGAUUGAAAGUU